AUGCGGUGGAGCUUUGAGCAGCAAGAGCACAGACAGGGGAUGGUGCAGCCCAGGCCAGGCUACACAGCUGGACAGGGAAGCAGCUGCCAAGUGCCUAUCCUCAGCAGGUGCCUGACGGAUCAGCCCAUUCCACAUCCACUGGGGUCAGACUUGCUUGUGAGCCCUCAUGAGACACUUCCAGAAAUACCUAGUAGGGACUUCACAGAGGGCUACAACUUUACAGAACCAGAUUACAGCAGGGCCAGGGACAUCGAAGUUACCAUCAACAGCGAUUACCUUUGUCUCCACAGAGAUUCUGAGUCUGUGCCCAGGAAGUUUCUUUGGAAUAGAAGGUUGAUAACCAUCCAACUCUCUGUCUUCUUCAUGAUCAUCUAUAUGCUCAAGUUCUUGACAAUAUUUGUGCAGAGCAGCUUAACUGUUGUAGUGCUGGGCACAGAGUGGGUGAGUUUCCAAAGGCUGUCACCUGUGGAAAUGAUUCUCACCGGCCUGGGUGUCUGCUGCUUCUGUCAACUGUGGUCAUCGAUGCUGUACAACUUUUCCUCCCACUUCCACCCUAAUUACGAAUUUUGGUACUUCAGUAUCGUCUGGGAAUUUACUAACAUUCUUUCAUUCUGGUUGACCAGCAUGUUUGCUCUCUUCUACUGUGUCAAAGUCUCCUCCUUCAGCCACCCCAUCUUCUGGCUCAAGUGGAGGAUUGUGAGGUUGGUUCCUCGGCUGUUGCUGGGUUCUCUGCUGAUUUCUUGUGUGUCUAUCAUCUUUGCAGCUGUUGGGCAUUACAGCAAGAUUCAACUAAUCUCCAUGAGGCAUUUCCCUAGAAACAGCAUCAUGACUGAGAGACUUGAGAUAUUCCUGUGGGAUUUUUCCAUGUACCAGCGAGUGGUUGUGUUGAUUAUUCCUUUCCUCCUGUUCCUGGCCUCCACCGUCUUGCUCAUGGCCUUAUUAUUCCAACACCUGAGGCAGAUGAAAGAUCAUCACACCAGCCUCUCCAGCCUGGAAGCUCACUCUACUGCCCUGAGGUCUCUUGCCGUCCUCCUCAUUUUCUUCACCUCUUAUUUUCUGACCCUACUAAUCUCCAUCUGGGGUGUCCUUUUUAAUAAGGGGUCCUGGUUCUGGGCCUGGGAAGCUAUCAUCUAUGCUCUAGUCUCUAUUCAUUUGACUUCACUGAUGCUGAGCAGCCCUAAAUUGAAAAGGGUUUUAAAGGUAAGGUGCUGGGGCCUAGAGGCUGCCUGA